AUGCGUGAACUAGAUGCUUUGAUAUCCGACUAUCGACAUGAGAAAAAACGCCCACGCGAAGCGGAGGCGCUCAUGAUUCUACGCAAAGUGGCCUCCAUCGUCAAGCCAAUAAUGCGCCAACGCGCCUGGCGAGUGGGCGCCCUUUGCGAGUUCUACCCACGACAAAGCAAUCUUCUCGGGAUAAACGUCAACUCCGGACAGAAGAUUUGCCUGAGAUUACGUUAUGCCUCUGAUCAACGACAAUUUCUUCCUUUUGAGCAAGUUCUGGAUACGAUGCUACACGAACUAUGCCAUAUCGUUCAUGGUCCACAUAAUCGUGAUUUUCACGCGCUGUGGAACCAACUGCGUGAUGAACACGAGGAGCUCGUGAUCAAGGGAUACACCGGUGAAGGGUUCCUGUCCCAAGGCAAACGCCUCGGUGGAGCCAGAAUACCUCUAGAUGAAGCUCGUCGUCAAGCCCGUUCAGCUGCCGAACAGCGACUUGUCCGCUCUAAGAAAUCAGGACAGAGGCUUGGUGGCGCACCCGUGCUUCGGGGAACCGAUAUGCGCAAGGUUCGGGCGGAUGCUGCCCAACGACGUAUCGAGGUGAUGAAUGGAUGUGCUUCUGGAACAGACCAUGAGACCGAGCUUAUGGAGGAAGAGUCUAGGAAUGGAUUCAGAACCAAGGCAGAAGAGGAUGACGCUAAUGAGGCAGCUAUAAUGCAAGCCUUCAUUGAACUUAUCCAGGAAGAGGAGCGUGAGAAAUACGGUUCUUCUUACGUACCCCCGAGCCAGGAGAAUCCCGCAGGACCACGAGCGCAAUCACCAGAACCUUCUUCAGAUGGUCCGAAAACUGUUCAAAAUCCCAAUGAAGAGCCUACGCCUAAAGAUACCCCAAUAAACUUGACUGAGGACACUCUUGGUGCUGAUAAUAGUUCCUACGACGCUACAUGGACAUGCCCGACAUGUACAUUGGAAAACCCCGCGAACUUUCUGUGCUGUGAUGUCUGUGCUUCAGAAAGACCGGUGCCAUCGAAUAGUAAAGUGGCCGAAGCUCCCGCAAGACCAGCAUCGGCUCAGAGAGUUCCUGCCGAACCUCAAAAUCCGAAGAAGCGUCCCCUACCAACUGAUAAUAACCCGGCAAAAGAUGGCCCUCCCGCGCGAGAUACAUUUGCAUUCAAGAAUCGCACCCGCCCUUUGGAUAAAUUGAAAUCUUUGGACCAGGAUGCCAACAAAAGGCCACUGGGAUGGCUUUGCUCAUGCGGUACCUUUAUGGAAACACAGUGGUGGACAUGCUCUUUAUGUGGGUCCAUGAAGCCGUCUUCUUGA